AUGGCGCAGGGAAAGGUCCGAGGUGGGUUACAGCAACGUUCAGAAGACCGGUCUAAUGGCCGACGCUCGAUCGUAGCGUGUAAUCGAUGUCGCAACAGAAAGACCCGAUGCGCUGGCAAUCCACCGUAUCCCUGUGCUGCGUGCGAGGACGUCGGGCAAGUGUGUGUCUAUUCGGAAGCCGAGAAGCGCGUUUCCAUCCCCGAAAGUUAUUAUCGUCAACUUCAAACUCAAGCUCGAGCUCAACUGCAGGCCCAGUCUCAAGCCAAUGCGUCACGUUCUCAUGAAAGUCAUCAGCCCUCGCUAUUCACAACUUCUAGCCCCGCCCAAUCGACUCCCUACACCAGUGCGGAGGUGCCACUUGACCGGGAUGACUGGUGGUAUCAGGGCACUGAUCAUCUAUUCCUGAACCGAUCCGGAGAACACCAGUUCGUCGGUGCGUCGUCAGCUACCCAUUUAGCGAAGCGGUUGAAUCCCACUUCGACCAAUUUAGCGUGGGACGUCCGUCCCCUAUAUGAUGACCCUUCAUCACUUCGUCGGUCAGUAACGCGGGCCCUUCCUCAACUGCCGCCCUUUGAAUUUGCAAAACGGUUGUUUUGGGUCCAGUACGCCUAUAUUGGAACCAUCUUUUCCCUCAUUCAGCCGCUGGACUUUGAAGAGCGGCUGCGGGCUGUAUACAAUCAACCUCCCGACUUCUCCAACCGAGAAUCAUGCCUAGUCUACUGCCAAGUCCUACUUGUCAUCGCCUUUGGGCUUAUGUACUCGGUGAACCAAUGGUCCGGGGACGACGGGCCCCCGGGCUUCAAAUACUUCAAGCAUGCACUGCGCUUUCUACCUGACAUCCACGAAGAAGGUUCCAUAUUUUUCGUCGAGGUACUAUGCUAUGUGGCGUAUUAUAUGCAGAACCUCAAUCGACGAGAUGCUGCAUUUCUUUAUAUCGGUCUUGCUCUCCGCAUGGCCAUUUCAUUAGGCCUUCAUCAGGAGGUCUCGGAUCCUACGAUCAGUGAAGACGACCGAAACCGCCGGCGUCGGGCCUGGUGGUCCGUGUAUAGCCUGGAUCGUUUAUUAUCAGUGAAAUCAGGAAACCCGAUCACGAUUCAGGAUGAAGAUAUCGGAACUACAUGGCCCAUCCCAGCUGAACUAUCUCCCACCGUUCCAUGGCCAUCAAUCGUGCUUACAUAUUAUACUCAACUGUCUAGGGUCCUAGGCAGAAUUGGAGAAGAAAUCUAUCGCAAGAAACCCCGGUCCGGUACGAACUUAUUAGCUUCCGUUCAGAGCAUCACGAACGAUUUGUCCGAAUGGCUAAGCCGGAUACCCGACCGGCUGCGUAUUAAUUUUUCGACUUUGGAUACUCAUAUUAACCGUGAGUUAGUAUCAAUUUUCUUACACUUUUACUCGUGUGUGAACAUGACAGCCAGGCCACUUGUAUUCUACGUGAUACAGGGACGAUUGGAUGCCGGAACUGGUAAUUCUGCUACGGAUGAUUGGAAGGAAGGGCUAUCACAAAACACGGUGGCUGUAAUCGACAGUUGCAUCACUGCAGCCCGUGCAACCACGGUUAUUAUGGAUGCCGCUGCGAAGCACAAUCUGGUUGCCACGUAUGGCUAUCUCGAUGGGGAAUAUAUUUUCUCUGCCGCCCUUCUACUGGUAAUGGUUAAUGCAGCCUUUCCGCAUAAUGAAACAAACGCUCGAGCCAUGGAAACAGCACUAAAUCUGCUCCGCGGAAUGGCAGACCGUGGAAACACCUACCUCGGCUCACGACAUUCACUUCUACUCGAGCUACAAUCCGCCAUCAGUCCCAACCGUGCGAGAAGAGAGGACGUUGUCGUCGAGGCGCCUGUGACUCCAAAUAGUACGCAGCAGCCGACUCCAUCUACGAACGUGGUUGAAGAACAGCCCCCAGAGGUGUCACCUUGGCCACUGCAGCAGGACCUGCCAACCAUGCGGGAUAUCACUUUCAACUUUGACAUCAACGAUGACUCAGGGCUGUGGGAGGAAGUUCUGCACCAGAUUGAUAUUGACAUGGAUACCGACUGGAUUGAGAACACGUUAAGAAAGUGA